GAAGGAAAAAACGAUGGAAAGAAAAGUGACGGGUCUGCAGGCUCAGAAGAAGGAUCAGCGUCGGAUGCAAAUGAUGAAGGCCGUAGCCAGUCUUCCGUGUCGUCUGCAGACGGUGAAUCCGAUAAGGGGGCGGGUCAGAAAGGUGUUCGCCGUAGGCGAAAGCCUCGUAAAGAGGACGAUGACGAUUUCGUGUUAGUUGAAAAGCAGUAA